AUGGGCCAACUACAAGCAUCGUCUCUCCCAUCUCUGGUGAUCUCUCCUCGCACACCAUUGGAUCGGUCCUUGUUCUACAUUGAGGAGGAAUGUAAGAAAAUAUGUUCUGCGGUUGGGGGGCAACAAUCUACACUGGAUAACCAGACAGCACUAUUGCAUCAUAUUCGAAUUCGACUGGACCAACAACAACAAGUUCCCAUUUCGCAUCGAAUCGGCCGUCAAGCCAUGAAUCAUAAAGCCGAAAUCAACUUUUUUGUCAAUCAGCUUUUGCAAUUACAAUCCCAGCUACUCCGAGAAGUUCAAAUUCAUAAUCAACAAAUGAGACAACUACAAGAGCAACAAACUAAGCAACUGGAAAAUCAAACCAAAUUGUUGGAAAACAUGUGUAAAAGCAACUCUCAGCUGGCAGCCAACAAAAUGGUUCCACCAUCUCCAUUUGUAGCAGACAGUAAGAAGCGCAAGCGCACCGAAAAUGAUCUUGAUUUAUAG